AUGAUGAAGGUGAAGACAGCCCAAACAGAGGGAAUUUUCUUGCGUGCAUGGAGCUUUUGAAGGAGUUUGAUGCUUUUCUUCAAAAUCAUAAUCCCCCAUCAAAUGCACAGUAUAUCUCGCCAACAUCCCAGAAUGACCUGAUUGACUGUUGUGCCCAGGAAGUUACUAGUGCCAUUGUAUCUGAAAUGACAAAGUCUAAAGUCUAUGCCAUCAUGGCAGAUGAGGCAAGGGAUGAAAAGGCAGAGCAGUUAGCUGUUUGUGUCAGGUACGUGUCAGAGGGGGCAGUGAAGGAGCGUUUCCUUGCACUUGCAGAGAUAAAAUCAUUUCAUGCCCAGUCCAUUGCAAAUGAGAUUCAGCAGCAGAUCCAAAACUAUGGUCUUGCAGAGCUUAAGUGUGUAGCACAAACAUAUGAUGGUGCAGCCGUUAUGAGUGGCUCCACCGGAGGUGUACAAGCACAUUUUAGAAGGCUCCAUCCUGAGGCUAUCUAUGUGCAUUGUUAUGCUCAUCAACUCAACCUGGUUUUGUGCAAUACUUGCAAGGCUGACCCAGAGGCUGUGGAGCUUUUCAGCUUGUUGGAGUGUGUGUAUUCUUUCUUCAGCACCUCCCUAGUCAAUCAUCAUAAGUUCAUGGAGACUCAGGCAAAGCGGGGAUUGACAAAAACUGAGCUUGUGCAACUUUCAAACACUCGCUGGGCAUGUCAGUUGCGAUCAAUCAGUGCAGUUCUUGAGACAUUGCCUGCCAUUUUGGAGUGCCUAUCUGCAAUUGGAUCUCCCAUAGCCGUUGGUCUCAGAGCAAAGCUCUACAAGUUCUCAGCAGUCUAUGCACUACUGAUGUUUUAGUCUGUUCUGUCUGUAACCGAAGGACUCCACAAAUUCCUGCAGAAAGAGACUUUAGACCUGGCAGAAGCUUUUAUCUGCAAACAAGCUGUUUGUGACACAAUUAAGGGAAAACACUCAGAUGCAUUUGCUACAGAGUUGUAUGAGAAAACUAAGGCCCUGUGUAACACCCACAGUAUCCCUGAACCAGGUGCCAAAACAAGGCACAAACAGAGGAAAAUGGAGGAUUUUGUCCUGGAGGCAACUGUGGGUUCACGCACUGAAUUGAACAACUCAGACACAUUGAAAAGAGAGUUACUUUUCCCUUGUGUGGAUGUCCACCCAAAAAUAUGUUGUCUGUGCACAACCUCCUUGAUUCAGACAUGUUUCCCUCUCUGAAGGCAACC